UUGUCAUGGAAAUAGUUCAGACGCAUAAAUUUGACAAAGUGGCUUCAAAGGCACAAAAGCCGGGAUGAUGAACAAGGAUUAAGCUCGACGCAUCUAAGACGCCACAGACAAAUAUUACCGCUUUCUUUUCUGAGGGGGGAUGUUGCACGGGCUUUAUGUCGUUUUAUUAAAUUAAGGGAAUGUUUGGUUUUGAAGAGAACAGACUUUGCGCGAUAGAAAUGCGACAGGACAAUUGCAUUUAAGAACUGGAGACGUGAGUGGUUUUGUUGGACUGUGGAGAUGGCCGCAGCGCGAUGCAUUCAGCAGCUGUCAGGAUGGUUUGUUCUGCUCAGCUUAAUGACACGCCAGAGUCACUCCAUCGAGACAGUGAAUGUGGUGGACUUCUGUGGACAGACAAUCCAGGGGGACGGCAUGAUCGUAAAGUCCCACCAGGAGUCCCGCAAAUACUACUUUGUCUCAAUGGGAACAGAUUGCCACCUCACCAUGCAGUCCGCGACCCCCCGAGACAAGGUGCAGUUCUACUUCCGCUUCUUCCUGGUCUACAGCCUGCUGAGGGUGUCUCCACACAGCCCCGCUCCGCUCUUCCCAGAAUCACCCAAGGGCUCGUCUGCAUCUGGGCUGACCCGGCCUGACCUGAGCCUAGAGCCCACCACAGAAGAAGGGCCAGAGGACCCCUGCCAUGCUGGCUCUUAUAUCCAGUUCUAUGAUGGGAGGGAUAGGUCCGCGCCCCUGAUCGGACCACCGCUCUGUGGGAAGAGUCCUCCUCGACCAGUCCUGUCCACAGGCAACUUUCUCACUCUCCGACUGGUGACGCGAGGAACUCAGCCAAGAGUGGACUUUGUUGGAGACUUCACUUCCUUCAGGCUGGGUUUUAACCAAUCAGAGUGCAGCGGUGCGCCCUACUUCAACUGCCGCAAUGGGAAGUGUAUCCCCAAGAGUCUGGUUUGCGCAGACGAUAAAGGCAUCGACAACUGUGGAGACGGCAGUGACUUAAUAGAUUACCCUGGUUGCAAUGCUCCUCUGUCUACACCCAAACCUCCACAGCGCCAUGUUACCCAACCGGUACCAAUGCUGAAUGUUCCCACUCUGACAGUGUCCACUUUAAAGAACUGCGCCACUCCAAAAGCCAUUCCUGACCCAGACCCUUUGACCGAUUCUCAGUGGUCCGUGUCUCUGCUGGCGCUGUAUGUAGUUCUGGGGGUGGCGGCGGCUGGUGUUCUGCUCUGCUGGUGCUGCUGGGCUCCUGGAUGGUUCCUGUGGCGCGUCAGUGUGUUCCGCUUCAUGCCCUGCUGUAACUCCUGCUGCGCCUCCUGCCAGUUCUGUGGGCGGAGCUGCUCGCAGAACAAAGACCACCGAUUGGCUAAAGUCACACCUGAAGGAGCCGCAACACCUGUGUCUUCCACCACCACCGUGGCUGUGUAAAAAUAGCACAGAUGCAAAAAAAGACUCAGAACUUGAGGACUAUUUUUUGAAAGUGGUAUUAUAGCAUAAAUAUAGCAUAAUUAUAUUUUACAUUCAUUUUUUUUGUUUGUUUUUGAUGAGUAAUUGGUGGAUAGAUUUCCACUGAUGUUGUUUUGUUUUUUCACGUUUUUGAAGGUAUUAUAAAUGGUCUGUGUUUGUUGUAUUACAUACAGGAUUUAUAUAAACACAUUAGCUGGCAUUGCUAGUGUUUAGUCAGUUUUGCAAAGUGAGUAAUGUUUUCCACUCUAUAAUACGUCAGUGGGAUACUGCUAACACUAUCCAGCUACAGAGGACUACACAAAUGAUGUAUUAUUAAAACUACAAUAAAAUCCUCAUGAUGCUUUUA